UCUCUCCCCUUGGACCCCGCUGUCCCCGCAACAGCGAAAAUAUAUUCCGGUAUUUAUCAUACUUUCUCUCUGAAAUAGACAAAUGUCUUGUUUGGUUUCCUUAACCACAGCACAAAGAUAAUAUACAGACGAAUUCUAUCUGCUCAGUUUUAUCAUACUUAUGGCCAAAUUUUACACCCAGAGGUGUAAAUACUCUAACAGGGUAACCCCUUUUCCUGGUCUGGUUAAUGAAAUUAAAAACUACACCUCUAUUAUUUUGCACAGAGUUAACAGAAAGGCUGUCAAAAUGUACAGUAUAAGUAUGUCCUUUGGUAGCUUUGUUUAGUUAUCUUAUCAGUGGUAAACCCUGUGAGCCCUACCCUUUGGCUCUUCUUUAUUUUAUCGUUGGUUUGUAUAACUGUAAUGACUUUAUGCUUUAGAUUUGUCUGUGAGCUUGUUUUUUUUUGUUUGGACAUUGUUUCGUUACAUUUCAACGCGUUUACUACAUUUUUAAUUUUUUUGUUUUGUUUGUUUGUUUGUUUUUUGACCGGAAAUUGUGCAGUUUAAUUUGUUGUGCUAGUUAGCUACCUUGCUAGCCGUAGCGUUACGUCGAUGAUGAACAGCUCCGGUGUGUUUUUAAAACAAGAAACCAUUUAUUAUUCAUAAAAUGAGUGGUCAUCGCGCCUGCCUUCGUAUGUGCGUUAAAUACUAAACAACCGUUAGAAAACAUUUUCCAUAAACAGAACACAACUGGAUAGGUCUAAGCAGAUUCACUUGCGUGUGAAGUUCCUCGGCACUGAGCGUUUGUAAACGUGCGAUUUGAAGCUCAAAGCACAGCUAAGCUAACUAGUCAGCUGAUUCAUUCACAUGACCGCCGUUUUUAGUUUUGGUCUCGUUUACCGGUGCUGUGAAAGAACUCCGGAGAAUCGGUUCUCAACGACGGAAACCAUCAUGUUAAAGUUAGUUUAGGGAGCACACUGAGAAGACGGAUGGCCGGGGGAUAUCAGACGAUCCACAAGCAGCUAAGUAUGCCAGUAAAAGCCCACUAGUCCGCGCAAAGAGCAGCAGCCAGGGUUAGCUACACGGCCUCAGCACUGUUGAUGUGCUGUUGUUCACUCCAGUAGAUUUUUUUUUUUUUUUUUUUUUUUGUAUUCACUUCCUCAAGGAAUUUGCAAACAGCUUCCAAAAUGGAUCCAGAGGGGAAGAGGCUCUUAAACAUCAUUAUCCUAGGCUUCGGCUUUAUGUUUAUGUUCACUGCUUUUCAAACAAGCGGCAAUAUAGCGCAAACAGUUAUCAGGAGCUUCAAUAGCACUGAGUUCCACGGGAGCGGAUACACGAGCAUGGCCAUCAUCUAUGGCGUUUUUUCCGCAUCCAACCUGAUCGCCCCUUCGGUGGUGACUGUCGUCGGACCACAGCUGUCAAUGUUCUUCAGUGGGCUCUUGUACAGCGGCUACAUCGCUAUGUUCAUUUACCCGUACACUUGGAGCUUCUAUACAGCGUCUGUGUUGGUUGGAAUAGGAGCAGCAGUGCUCUGGACGGCUCAGGGAAAUGUGCUCGCCAUCAACUCCUCUGACACCACCAUUGGAAGAAAUAGUGGCAUAUUUUGGGCACUGCUGCAGUUCAGCUUAUUCUUUGGAAAUCUCUACAUAUACUGUGCCUGGCAUGGACACGUUCACAUAACAGACAAAGACCGUCAGACGGUGUUCAUCUCUCUCACGGUGAUCAGCCUGGUGGGUUGCUUCCUCUUCUUUCUGAUCCGGAAGCCUGACCCUGAAUCCUCUCCCCCCGAGGUGUCGGAAUCACUGCUGCAGGUCGAAUCCACGGAGAGCUCCACAGCUAGCUCACCUGGCCCAGGCCUCUGCUCACAAGCUCUGGAUGCCUUUGUCCAGGCCUGUAAAAUAUUUGUCACCAAAGAGAUGCUGCUGCUGAGCAUCUCCAUAGGAUACACAGGCCUGGAGCUCACCUUUUACAGCGGGGUCUACGGGACGUGUAUCGGGGCCAUGACGCGGUUUGGCCACGAUGCGAAGAGUUUGAUCGGUAUCUCUGGGAUUUUCAUCGGCAUUGGCGAGAUCUUAGGGGGGGGCGUGUUUGGGAUGCUGAACAAGAGCAACCAGUUUGGGAGGAACCCGGUGGUGCUGCUGGGGCUCAUCACUCACUUUGUUGCCUUUUACCUGAUUUUUCUGAACAUUGCCAGCGACGCUCCUCUGGCCCCAGAGGCAGGAACAGAUCUGCAGGCCUACAUCACCCCCAGCGUCGGCGUGGCGUUGCUCUGCAGCUUCCUGCUCGGUCUGGGCGACAGCUGCUUCAACACGCAGCUUCUCAGCAUCAUCGGCUUCACGUUCCGCGACAACAGCGCUCCCGCCUUCGCCGUCUUCAAGUUCAUCCAGUCCAUCAUGGCCGCUCUGGCCUUCUUCUACAGCAACUACCUGCUGCUGCACUGGCAGCUGCUCAUCCUGGUCCUGGUGGGUUUCCUGGGCUCCAUGACCUUCUUUCUGGCCGAGUGGGUGGCCGAGUCCAGCAGGCGGGAAUCCGACUACGAAAGCAUCUGAUCUGUUUCCGAGCCGCCCGGUCUGUAUGGAGCCUGGCAGUGGCUGCAGGAGAGAAAAUAUUCAUCUUGAUCUCAACGUGUAUCUGUACCAUAUCAAAAGGCAUGAGGAGGUAUUGCGUGCACGCCAGAUAUACCUCACCUUGUUUCCUUCCCGGCCUUUCUUUCAUCACGUCGUGCACACAAUUUUGUAAUCAAUCUGACCAAAAUAUGAAAAUAUACUUGGCAUACUGGGUAGACAUUUGUUAAUCAAGAGUCGAGCGCUUUUGAUUGGAGGCCUUUCGGCAGUGAUAUGAAGUAGCGCGUAACGGGCCCACUGCUGCCCACUGCUGGUGCCUGUACUGAGAUGACUGUGUCGUGAAUCAGCUGCAGGCUUUGAUGUUUUCAGCUGGUGCAGCUGCUCUGGCCGCAUGUGUAGACUUAAAGGAUACAUCUGGUGUUGUUCUCUGUUUUUCUUUUUCUCAACAAAUCACAGGAAAAGACCAAAACCGACAAUGACUGUGUCAAGUAUCUACACCCUGAUAUAUCUCCUGAUAAAACUCCUCAGAGCCUCAGAGCUCCAUUGUUUCCAAAACACUAUAAAAACACACCAGUGAGUCACACUGUUCCUUCAUCACCAGGAACACACACACACUGUAGUUCGUUUAGACUCGGUCCCACACACGCACCGUCCUGCUGCACCGAAUGAUACUAAACUGAAACUACAUAUUUGUGGGGUGCUUUUAGAGAUUUAAGUCUUCAGUAGGAACCAAUGGGCGCUUUGUACGAACUGGUUCUUCUCAAGCGCACUCCCGCCACAACACGCUAUUGGUUUUUGUCUUUUCGUGGGAUUUGAUGACAAUUCAAGUAGAAUGACUCCAGCCAGCUGCCCUCACAAAAGCAUGCCAUGCGCACAAAUUCAACCUUGAAAUACUGACAGAACAGCCACCCCUGGGCUCCAUACGUCUGUAAUUUUAUUGUUCUUCCCCCUAAAGUGCAAGGGACACUGUCAAAGACCAUGAUUCAGUCCACCGCUGUCCUCCCCAGUCUGUCCUACAUGUUCAGCUGUGUCUCAAGUUAAGCUCAACCUCAAAAUGAACUUCAGUGUCACGUCCUUUAACAGCCAAGCCUUUCUCGGCUCUGACGUAAAGACGUGACAGCAGCUGGGAGAGGAGCAGUUUAAAGGGAAACGUUGUCAGAAACUGAACCCCCUCUUUUCGUUUUUGCUUGAGAGUGAAAUCCAUUUUCACCUUCUCUCUUUUUGUCAUGCUGUUUUUCUUCUUUUGAUGCCCACAUCAUACACCAAGCGCUACGUAAUUGGUUUAGCUGUAAUAAGAUCCAGAUCAUCUUGAGGACGACCCGUGACUCUGCAUUCCAGGAAACUUCUCAUAAUUACAAGUGGGUGACUUCAUUUCAUUCAGAUGAGAUUAACUGAGGCUGUUUGGUUUGUGCCAGAAAGAAAGACAAAAUCUUCUUCUUCUCUUCUUUGCUGGUUUAAACUAAAAAGAGAAUGUUCCAAGGUGGAAAGUUAAACAACAAGAUAGUAAAUGAGGAGAAAUUGAAUUUUUUUUACAUUGGUGACAACACUUGCAGAGUUUUUAGCCACGCUAGCAGCGUUGCUCGAGAGAUUGGUGCCAGUCAAGCUGAUCCUCUGCUUUGGUGAAAUAUCUCUUAAAACAUUGAAUGAAUUUCCAUUAAAUUUGGCACAGACAUUCAAGUUCCUCACUGGAUGAAUUUGAAUAACGUUGGUGAUGAUAUAAAAUCUGUAUUAAAAUUAAUUAAUGACGUAUUCCAGUAACAGAAUGGUUAAAAUUGAAGCAACAGGCAGGUCAAGAUCUAAAAAAAAAAAUAAAAAAA